AUGGCAAUGGUUAGGAAACAAAGGGGCAAUCAAAACAAAGAUUCGUGGACAAACGUAGCUCAGACGAAUGUAGGAGAUACCAAAGCAACUGAAGACACAAGAGCGACUGAGAUACACAAGGCUGCAGAUAGACAUUGUGAACUGUUUGAGUCAGGCAAGUUGGCAAGCCCUGGAUAUCCCUUAAGCUAUUUGAAUGAUCAGGAAUUUACAUGGACCUUAUCAACUCGUGCUGAUACCCGUCUCAUUUUAAACAUAUCCUUUGUGGAAACAGAGUCUUGUGACACAGACUAUAUCACCGUGUACGACGGAGCUACUAAAAAUGCUCCAAGUUCUAAGAAAGUUUGUGGUGAGGGAGUCUCAGAUGUGAUUGUAUCGACAACAAACAACCUGUUGGUCACUUUUAAAACAAACCACGCUAGAACGUACAGAGGAUUUUAUGAUGAGUCUGAGAUAUCUUUAAUGAAAAUAAUGUACAGACACAUGAGAUUUCCUGAUAACCACACCACACUGAACGAGUCUCAAGGUAACAUCUCCAGCCCUGGUUAUCCAUUUGGCAAACUUGACAACAUGAUAUACACCUGGACUAUACAGGGCAAAGCUGACAGUUAUAUCGUCCUCAAGUAA